CCCCCCUAUCGUGCACUUUAGCACUUCCCCCUUCCUACUCUUAACCUAUACCCCACCUGCGUAUUUUAGCACUUUCCUCACCUCCCCAUUUCAAAUCCUCGAUAUCUUUGUAUUUUCCUUGCGUGAUUAUCUUUUUAUUUCCAAAAACCCCCAGUAAUACCCAAACAAACCAAAAAAAGAAAAAAAAAACUCCUUUUUCUUGAACAAAAUAUUAGGGUUUCUUUUUUUUUUAGCAGACUGAGUUGCUCACUCACUUUUAAUUUGGGGGGCGUUUCAAAUGCCUUCAAAAUUUCAUGCCAAAUUGUUGCGCCGGAACCCUAGAGAGUGCCAAACUGUUACGCCUUUCGGGCGAUUUUGGCGUGCCUUUGAGUUCGGGAUAAUAGUUUAAUCGGUUCUGCGAUGGCGCCCAGCCGAAGGAAGGGCGCCAGUAAGGCGGCCGCUGCCGCUGCCGCUCGCCGCCAAUGGAAAGUCGGCGAUCUUGUCCUCGCUAAAGUCAAAGGCUUCCCUGCUUGGCCUGCCACGGUAAGCGAGCCAGAGAAGUGGGGCUAUUCAUCUGAUUGGAAGAAAGUUCUGGUGUACUUUUUUGGAACCCAGCAAAUAGCCUUCUGUAAUCCUGCUGAUGUUGAAGCAUUUACUGAAGAGAAGAAACAAUCUCUUUUGAUCAAACGUCAGGGGAAGGGUGCGGAUUUUGUACGUGCAGUCCAGGAAAUUAUUGACAGUUAUGAGAAGUCAAAGAAACAGGAUCAGGUUGAUGAUUAUAAUUCUGCUGAUGGAGUUACUCAGGUGAAUUAUGGUAACUCAGUGGACUCAUCUGCAUCAAGGGAUCUGACUGAAACCUGUGAGGCAACAGUAGAGUUGCGAUUAAAAAGUUCAAAUGCCGUGACAAAUCGAAAUGAUCCAAGUGAUGCAACUGAGGUUGCUCCAGCUGAGGCAAAAAUUGAUGCUCUGUUUGACAAAGAAUGUGUGUCAGAGCAAGCUCCAGAUAAGAUGUUGGUCAGAGAAACACCUGUAUUGACUACAUACUCAUCAAGAAAAAGAUCUGGAAGUUUACGAUCUCAAAAAUCUGUUGCACAGCAGAAGGCACCACCAGUUCGAAGGGCUAGAAGCUCAUCAAGGGUGGAGUCCUCUAGAUUCCAGAAUUUUAUGAUGUCAUCUAAUGAUGUUAGGACUGCGGCUGAUGUGUCAGCUAAUGUGAUCCAGGAUGGAUCCCUAAGGAGGAACAAACGAGUCAGAAAGUCUACAGAUGCUUCUGAAAGUGAUGAUGUGGACUCAUCUGCGUUAAUGUCGAAUGGUAGCAUUGAUGAUAAUGGGUCUGAAAUUGCCACUGUUGAUUCUGAUGCUAUUAGCUUGAACGAAGGCAGCACUAUGGAUUCUAGCUGUAAACCUGAACACUCUGAGACCGUUGUUGAGUGUUUGGAGGGAGAUGUUGAGUUGAGCAAAGGGCUUGAUUUCCAAAUAAAGACAGUUGUCAUUAAGAAGAAAAGGAAACCACUUAGAAAGCGAGUAAAUCAUGACUCUGCUGAGGGUCCUACUAGAAUGGAUGCAGAAGGUGAUCUGAAUUUAGGAAUCAAUAAUACUAGGAAAAAUUUGCAGAAUACAUGUGAAAUUUUAAAUGAGAAAUAUUCCAAAGAUGAUGGAGAUGAGCAUCUACCAUUGGUGAAAAGAGCUAGGGUUCGCAUGGGCAAACUGUCAGCUGCUGAAGAGGAGUUCACUAGUUCUUCACCAAAUGAAGAAAAGCCUGUUAAUGAAGGUGCAGUCAAUUUAUUGGAGCAGAUGAGUCCAUCAUCUAGCUGCCGCAAUGAUUCUCCUGCUGAUAGAGACUCUUUAGUGUUGAAGGGAGCUUUGGUUAAUAUAUCACCUUCAAAGGAUGACACUCAAGUUCAAGAAAGUGGGCCAGAACCUUGGAAAGUCCUGAGAAAUCAACUAGGCUGUUUGGCAGGUGGUGAAGCUGCGCUGCCUCCAUCUAAACGUCUCCAUCGUGCUUUGGAAGCUAUGUCAGCUAAUGCUGCUGAAGAAGUUCAGGCAUGUGCUGAACAUUCACCAACCAUGGAAACAUUAGAUGAUCGAUGUCAUAGUUCUCCAAUUAGGAGUUGCUCUCAUACAGCAGUUGACGACAAAGAAGCUAAUGGGUUAGAGCAACGUGGCAUGGAUUUGCUUGUGAAUAGUGAUUCUGGCAACUUUUCUAGAUCAAACCCAAUACUGUGGGAAAAAUGUGCCAAAGCUUCUUUGGAACUAGAUAUUUGCUGUCAACCUGAGAAGAGUCCUAAAAAUCAAAGGCAUGAUUUCCAUAAAGAUGUCUUUGUGGAGCCUAUGAACCACGUUAGUUGUGAUAGUCAUAUAGGCCAAAAUUUAGAACACCCAUCCUUUAAUCCUGACAAAAGCCAGGCUAGUUUCAGACCCAAUUGUGGUUCUACAGAUCAGCAGUUGUCUUCAAAGGAUGAUCGUGAUGCUGAACCUGUUGGCUUGAGCAAUUGUAGGGCAGAAAAUCCUGAUGAACAAUUAAAUACUUCAGAACAUGCUGACAUGAGUUCAGAUCCUGUCACAGGGACUGAGAAAACUGGUAAAGUUUCACCUCAGGAUGGUUCAAAUGUGUUUAAGUGCACUGCUGAGCAUACCAAUCAGGAGAAAAGUGAUUCAUUGAAGUCUCAAACUGAUGACAGCAGCUUAGUCAACAGCAUGUGUGAGCUUAUGGAAGAUAUCCUACCUGAACAAAGGCAGAAGGCAACUUUUAGUUUGAUUUGUAAUGACAAUUCCGACAAGGAUGUUGUAGGUGUCCAGUUAAGUUCAUCUUCAGCUGAUGGAGUAGAUUCUCCUGCUAGGGUCUCUCCUUCCAAUGCUUCAAUUUGCCAUGUUUCUACUUCAGAGAGUGCUAAUAUUAUUCGAAGCAAUGGGUAUUGUAGUCCAAAUUUGCAUUCUUGUCACAACAAAUCUUUAUGUGUUUCAAUUGCUGACGAUGAAGGUAAAGCUGACUCUGCCGCUUCUGAAAGACCAAAAUCUGUCAGUAAGUGCAGUAAUUACACCGAAGCACAUGCUGCUCUGUCAUCCUUUGAGAAUAUGCUUGCAACCUUAACGAGGACAAAGGAGAGCAUUGCUCGUGCAACACGCAUAGCAAUUGAUUGUGCAAAGUUUGGUGUCUCUGCUAAGGUUGUAGAAAUUGUUACUCGAAAUUUGGAACGUGAGUCAAGCUUACACAGAAGAGUGGAUUUGUUCUUUCUUGUGGAUUCCAUUACUCAGUGCUCCCGAGGUUUGAAAGGUGAUGUUGGUGGCAUCUACCCUUCAGCUAUUCAAGCGACACUGCCUCGUCUACUCUAUGCUGCAGCUCCCCCUGGACCUAGUGCACAAGAAAAUCGUCGGCAGUGCUUAAAGGUUUUGAAGCUUUGGCUGGAAAGAAGAAUCCUUCCAGAGUCUGUUGUUCGCCACCAUAUACGGGAACUUGAUUCACUUAGUGCUUCAUCUUCUGGUGGUGCCUUUUCUCGCCGCUCAGCUAGAACAGAGAGAGCAUUGGAUGAUCCUGUCAGGGACAUGGAGGGCAUGCUUGUGGAUGAGUAUGGCAGCAAUUCUAGUUUCCAGCUUCCUGGAUUUUGUAUGCCCCGAAUGCGCAAGGAUGAGGAUGAAGGUAGUGAUUCUGAUGGAGGAAGUUUUGAGGCUGUUACUCCAGAACACUAUUGAAACCCUGAAGAACAAGUGGCAAAACCUGUAGUUGAAAAGCGCAGACAUAUUUUGGAAGAUGUUGAUGGUGAACUUGAAAUGGAGGAUGUUGCUCCUGAGAUUGAAAUGGGUUCAACCAGUGGUGCUGCUGGAGUAAAUACUGCACAAACUUCACUAGAGCAGUGUGAUCAGCAUUUCCCAUUGCCGUUUGCCCCUCCUUUACCUCAUGAUGUGCCUCCAUCAUCACCACCACUGCCAUCAUCACCUCCACCGCCACCCCCACCCCCACCCCCACUCCCUCAUCCUCCUUGUCCUACAUCUGAUCCCUUUGCUAAUGGUGUUGAUUCAACAAGUCAUACCGGUGUACAUGUAGGUCCUGAUGAUUUGCGAUCUGCGGUUCCACCAUCAGUUGCACCCAGAAUUAAUUCAGCAAUGUGCACCAAUGCGCCCUUAUCAUGGCCUGAAUCUAGAGAUCUUCCAGGCCCUAUGCAGGUCGAUUGUAAUACCUCUUUCAACAGUUACCCUGUACAUCCAGUGAAUAAUAUUCAAAAACUUGAUGGUCCUAACUUCCAUCACAAUGCCUACCCUCCACGACCUCCUCAUCCUGCACAAUCAAAUCAGUUCUCAUAUGUUAAUUCAGGCCAGCAUAUGAAUUCGAUGAGGGAUGCCCCACCUCCUCCCUACUCCAACAGAUACUAUUCACUGAACGCUGAUGGUGGAAAUUAUUAUAAUAGCCAUGAGAGAAUGAGACCGGCCCCAAAUGAACUUAGAGAGAGCUGGAGAUUUCCUCCACAACCCUUCUUAGGUCCGCGGUAUGCUGAUAAAGCAAAAGCAUCAUAUGGCCAUGGUUCAUAUGGUGGGCCCCAGUGUGAGCCAGCAAGGUUGCAAAACCAAGGAUGGGGCUUCCACCCCCCUGCAAUGAAUCACAGAAACUCCUUUCCUGUCAGACCACCUCCAGAAGGUGUGGUCCCAGUUGGAUCAAGAGCUCCAAGCGGUUGGUGGCCAAGAUGACCAAAUAUUAUUGAGCUGCUCUAAUUGGUAUAAACCCUAUUUUUUGACCUGGGUUGUGCGGCUUGUUGAAAAGAGUUGAGUGCUUUUCUGGCCCUAUGUUGUUUGCGAUGCAAGGAACAAAUAUACAACAGAUAUGGGUUUGAAGCCGAAGAUCAGCAUGUUGGCAUGCUGGUUUUGUAAAUAGUAUCCUAUCACCUCUACCGCAACUGGCAAGGAUAGUGAGAUGUGCCUUAGUGUAGAGAUUGGGGCGAGCUGUAUCUAACUCUAGGCUGUCAUGUAUCAAAAUUUUAUUUUAUUUUAUUUUACUUUUUUUUUUUUUGCAUUAUUUAUUUCAUCAAUUCCCCAAUAGGAACGUGAGCAAAAUUUUUAUUGGGCCAUUGCUUGGAUACCAUAUUUUUUUGCCCUUUUAUAUUUACAACCCCAUUUUGGCUGUAAACAGUCCAUUUUGUCAAUACACUGGCAGAAUUUCAGUGGUUUAAGUGGA